AUGGGUUUGUGGUCUUGGACAAUUAACCAAAUGUUAACCCCUAAGUUCUGGGUACAUUUAAGAAGAGAAGGUUUUAUAAAAACAUGGACUAGAGGUCACAAGGCUUCUAGACAUGCUCACUACGUUGGUGGUAACAGAACUGAUGGAUAUACAAAGCAAGUUGGAGAAGAUGAAUUUGGCAAUAGAUAUUAUGAAGAUUUUGAUGUUGAUCACAAGAACCAAAGAAGAUGGGUUGAAUUCAGUGAUUAUUUCAUGUAAAUGUGGUCUAAUGGUGAUAAAGUUCCCGUCGGAUGGCACGGUUGGUUGUCUCACCAAUACGAUGAUUUCCCUACCCGUACAGGAAACUCCGCAUUCGUGAAACACCAUUACCUUAAAUAACACACUGCAAAUCUUUCCAACACUCCUCUUAAUCACGUUCCUUAGGGUGCUCCUCAAAAUCUUAAUAGAAUGAGAUUUAUAACUGCAUAAAGAGAUAGAAGUAGAGCUCCCUGGUAAUCUCCUAAAGGUGAAGGAGUCUUUUAAGGUAAGAAACUCAUAGUUGCUUCUAACAGUCCUUUUAUCGAUGACAUGUCUAUCAGAGACUGA